CACACUCGCCCGCGGACGGCCGCCCAGACACACGUACUGUACACACGAGCGGGCGGCGGGGCCGAGACACGCCCGCCCGCGCGGCCCCCGCUCGCCGCCGCCGCCACCGGGCCCCCGGCCCCCCCCGCCGGCGCUGCCCCGCGUCCCCGCCCGCCCGCCCCUCCGCCGAGCCGGUCCGGCCGCCGCGAGCAUGCAUCCGACGAGCUAGGAGGAAGCCGGAGCCCCGCAGGAAGGACCGAGCGCCGGCCGCCCGCCCGCCUGCCCGCCCGGGCCCCUCCCUUGCGGGGCGCCCCCAGCCCCACACCCCCCCACCUUCCUGGGGGGUGGGGGGGUGCGGGACGCCGACCGGGGGCCCCGCCGCCCGGGCAGCCGGGACAGCCCCUCUCCCCGCCCCCGGCCCCCUCCCCGGCCCGGCCGGCCGGCCAUGGAUCUGACCAGCACCUCGGGCGGCGGCGAUUCCCGGCAGAUCGAGGAGACCAAGCCGCUGCUGGGGGGUGACGUGCCGGCCCCCGAGGGCACGAAGAUGGGCGCCGUGCCCUGCCGCCGGGCCCUUCUGCUGUGCAACGGGAUGAGGUACAAACUGCUGCAGGAGGGCGACAUCCAGGUCUGUGUCAUCCGGCACCCGCGGACCUUUCUCAGCAAGAUCCUCACCUCGAAAUUCCUGAGGCGCUGGGAGCCGCACCACCUAACGCUGGCCGACAACAGCCUGGCGUCCGCCACGCCAACUGGGUACAUGGAAAACUCAGUCUCCUACAGCGCCAUAGAAGAUGUUCAGCUGCUGUCCUGGGAGAAUGCCCCGAAGUACUGUUUACAGCUUACAAUUCCUGGGGGAACUGUCCUACUGCAGGCUGCCAACAGCUACCUACGAGACCAGUGGUUCCAUUCUCUGCAGUGGAAGAAAAAGAUUUACAAAUACAAGAAAGUCCUGAGUAACCCAAGCCGUUGGGAAGUCGUCUUGAAGGAGAUCCGAACUCUGGUGGACAUGGCCCUGACGUCCCCCCUGCAGGAUGACUCCAUCAACCAAGCCCCACUGGAAAUCGUCUCGAAACUGCUCUCAGAGAACACAAACUUGACUACCCAAGAGCAUGAAAACAUCAUUGUGGCAAUCGCUCCUUUGCUGGAAAACAACCAUCCACCACCAGAUCUCUGUGAAUUCUUCUGCAAGCACUGCAGAGAGCGGCCCCGGUCUAUGGUGGUCAUCGAAGUGUUCACCCCCGUGGUCCAGAGAAUUCUCAAGCAUAACAUGGACUUCGGCAAGUGCCCGCGACUGAGGCUGUUCACUCAGGAGUACAUCCUUGCCUUGAACGAGCUCAACGCGGGGAUGGAGGUGGUGAAGAAGUUCAUUCAGAGCAUGCACGGCCCCACAGGGCACUGCCCCCACCCCCGGGUCCUGCCCAACCUGGUGGCUGUGUGCCUGGCCGCCAUCUACUCCUGCUACGAAGAGUUCAUCAACAGCCGCGACAAUUCCCCCAGCCUGAAGGAGAUCCGGAACGGCUGCCAGCAGCCCUGCGACCGGAAGCCCACCUUACCUCUGCGCCUUCUGCACCCCAGCCCGGACCUGGUGUCUCAGGAAGCCACGCUGUCCGAGGCGCGGCUCAAGUCGGUGGUCGUGGCCUCCAGCGAGAUCCACGUGGAGGUGGAGCCCGCCAGCACUGCCAAGCCGGCGCUGACGGCCAGCGUGGGCAACGACAGCGAGCCCAACCUCAUCGACUGCCUCAUGGUCAGCCCCGCCUGCAGCACCAUGAGCAUCGAGCUGGGCCCCCAGGCCGACCGCACGCUCGGCUGCUACGUGGAGAUCCUCAAGCUGCUGUCUGACUAUGAUGACUGGAGACCGUCUCUGGCCAGCUUGCUUCAGCCCAUUCCAUUCCCCAAAGAAGCUCUCGCACACGAGAAGUUCACCAAGGAACUGAAGUACGUGAUUCAGAGGUUCGCCGAAGACCCACGACAAGAGGUCCACUCGUGCCUGCUGAGCGUGCGAGCCGGCAAGGAUGGCUGGUUUCAGCUCUACAGCCCCGGAGGGGUGGCCUGCGACGACGACGGGGAGCUGUUCGCCAGUAUGGUGCACAUCCUCAUGGGCUCCUGUUACAAGACCAAAAAAUUCCUGCUCUCCCUGGCAGAAAACAAGCUGGGACCCUGCAUGCUCCUGGCGCUGAGGGGGAACCAGACCAUGGUGGAGAUCCUGUGCUUGAUGCUGGAAUACAACAUCAUCGACAACAACGACACGCAGCUGCAGAUCAUCUCGACCCUGGAGAGCACGGGCGUGGGGAAGCGCAUGUAUGAGCAGCUGUGCGACCGGCAGCGGGAGCUGAAGGAGCUGCAAAGGAAAGGCGGGCCCACCAGGCUAACACUGCCCUCCAAGUCCACAGAUGCUGACUUGGCUCGUUUGCUGAGCUCUGGCUCCUUUGGAAACCUGGAGAACCUCAGUUUGGCCUUCACCAACGUAACCAGUGCCUGCGCUGAGCACCUCAUCAAACUGCCUUCUCUCAAGCAGCUGAACCUGUGGUCCACUCAGUUUGGAGACGCCGGCCUGCGGCUCCUGUCGGAACACCUCACGAUGCUGCAGGUGCUGAACCUGUGCGAGACGCCCGUCACCGACGCCGGCCUGCUGGCCCUCAGCUCCAUGAAGAGUCUCUGCAGCUUAAACAUGAACAGCACCAAGCUGUCGGCGGACACCUACGAAGACCUGAAGGCCAAGCUUCCCAACCUGAAGGAGGUGGACGUCCGCUACACGGAAGCCUGGUGAAGCUCCCACUCGGCAGGAAGGAGUUUGCAACUGCGACACGCAACUCUUGACUAAUAGCUGUAGAGCAGCGGGUCUCGGGGUCCCACCCCGCGUCCUGGCUGUGAGAUAGACGGGGGAGUCUUUCUGGGGGCGGAGGGCGGAGGGGGGAGGGGGUGGGGAGGGGGUCCGUAAGCACGCCCAGCCCCCACCUAAUUCUUUUAGCUUCAUAAUCGGAAACAUUGACCUGAUCUAAAACGGACUUUGUAGCAACCAGAGGAGCGGCAGCGGGUCGGGGAGAGGGUGGGGAUGGGGGCGCUUGGGGAGGGGGGACCCUUUGUGGAUUUUCUUUGCCUCUGUGUUCAAUGCCAUGUGGGAAGAGUCAACUCUGAUGCCAUCGUCUCGCAACCCCGACGGGCCUGGAGGCCAAGGAAGGCUGCUUUCUCCCUCCGAGGCCCUGCGGAGAACUCGCCCCGCCAUCGCCAUCGCCAUCGGACAAGACCCGGUCACGUGGUCACGUCAUCACACCCACACCCGUCCUGUGUCCUCGCCAUUGCUAUGCAAAGUGAUUCUUGUUGUACAUAAGAUUUAAAUAAUGCGCCUAUUUAAGAAACGUUGACAAAUUGCAGGUCUGGGACCUGCUUCUUAUUUAUGAAGUCUUUGACCCGCCCGCCCGCCCGCCCGCCCGCCGGCCGCCCCUGGCGUGUAGUACUGUACAAACCAGUCAGCUGUCAGGGUAGUGGUAGUAUUCUUGUUAUUUUUUUAAAGGAAACAAACAGACGGAAAAAAAAAAAAAAAAGAACCUCCUUGGAAAAUUAAUUGCUUUUUCGUAAUGGAUUCUCUAUGCUAACUCUCUUAUGUCGGUCCGUCCGUCCAUCCCUCUGCCCGCCACGCCACCGUGUGUUUCGAUCCCAGACGUCUCCAGUUUCCUCACAGGGUGGAGGUCAGCUGGGGGAGGAGAAGUGGGGUCCCCACAUUGUCGUCUUGCUCCUCUAUGGCCCCAGCUUUCUCUCAGCCCCCUUUUACACAUUUGGAGGGGGAGGGUGCUAACCUGUCCUCCCAUCCGUCCCGCAGGAGAGCUGCCCCGCCCCCUCCCCCGGAGCUCUCCCAUCUGCGGUGGCCUCUGCUGCCCCCGUCCCCGCUGAGGCUCUGCGACCUGUGGCCUCCCCGCCGUCCUGUGCCUCCCGCGGUCCCCUCAUGCAUGCCCGCCUCUCUGCAUGGUCUCUUGGGAGAAGAGAGACGUCGCCUCCACCAGCCUGACUGCCCACCCCGCCCACGAAUGUGACCACUGCAGUGCAGACGCCCCUUCUGCCCCCUCUGUCCCCACACCUGCCCCAAAGACACACCAACCUCUGUUUCUUUUAUAAACAAGCCCUCACUGUACAAAACAGCCCUCAUGGUUUACUUGGGGUCCCCUCUCCCCCAAGCCCCUUCUUCUGUUGGUUUAGCACAAACACAGCCCCCCUUCAGCACCUCCAGACCUAACCCCCAGUCAAUGUAAUUGUUUUAUAUAUAUUUAAUCUUAUUCAAUGGAAACCAUGCUUUUGUCGUUUUAUACUUUGCUAGGUAGACUUUAUUACCCCCCGACUAUGCCCUCAUUUUUUUAAAAAAGGAAAAAAAAAGAAAUUGGGUUUCAGUCUUAAUUCAUUUUCCGUGCCAGGUUUGAUUUCGUGUGUGCGUGUGAGUGUGUUCCGUUUCGUGUUUUUUUUUGUUGUUGUUGUUUUCUGUUGUUUGGUUUUAUUCGCUCCCCUUCGGUCCCAUACUUUACAGCACUCUGGUGCAGGACGAAGCAGAAGCAAAAAAAAAAAAAAAUUUUAAAAGAAAAAAAAAAAAAGAAGAGUCGAGACAUGCCACCUUUUCCCUUCGCACUGUUGCUUUUCCUGAUGGUUAAUACUACUGUCACGUAGCUGUGUUCAGAGAUGUGAAAUACUUUCAGGCAAAAAUAAACUGUAAGUGACUCAUUGA